UGUUGUAAUGUAGCAGCGCAGCCGACCAACUCGAAUCCGCGCACCGCCGUCACGAACGUAGAGCAAGAAACCGCCCGUGUAACGAGACUCAAACUCCGAGCGACGGCCACAACAACCCCCAGAGCGACGGGGUUUUCCAGCGGCAGCGGCGACAAACAACAAACAAACGGGAAGCGCAGGAAAAGAACGCGUUUGCGUAGCGUCCUGCUGGCCGAGAAUCAAAAUUAACCGUCUUUAGCGCGUAAAACUUUCAAAAAACACUCGUAUAUAAUUCGUAUAUAUAUUUUCUACCAGAUUUAAAAAUUUUUGUUUUUUUUUUAAUUGGAGUUUUAUUUUUCCAAGUUUUGUUUGGUUAAAUUUGUGUUAUAUUUUUGAAAACCAAAGGCGUUCCAAGUAAACGAAAAGCACAGGCGAGGGCACGUGGCUAGUAACAAUAGCCGAUAAGAUGUUUAGCCCCGAAUAUGAGAAACGCAUCCUGAAGCACUGCAGUCCCGUGGCCCGAAAUCUGUUCGACAACCUCGAGUCGUCAACCACGCCCACAUCACUCGAUCGCUUCAUACCCUGCAGAGCGAACAACAACUGGCAGACGAACUUCGCGUCGAUCAACAAGUCCAAUGACAACUCGCCGCAGACGAGCAAGAAGCAGCGGGACUGCGGGGAAACGGCACGCGAUAGUCUGGCCUACUCCUGCCUCCUGAAGAACGAGCUCCUGGGAUCGGCGAUCGACGAUGUGAAGACCGCCGGCGAGGAGCGGAAUGAGAAUGCCUACACGCCGGCCGCGAAGCGGAGUCUCUUCAAGUACCAGUCACCCACCAAGCAGGACUACAAUGGCGAGUGCCCGUACUCAUUGUCUCCCGUUAGCGCCAAAAGCCAGAAGCUGCUGCGAUCGCCCCGCAAGGCCACGCGCAAGAUAUCGCGCAUACCCUUCAAGGUGCUGGAUGCGCCGGAGCUGCAGGACGACUUCUAUCUGAAUCUGGUCGACUGGUCAUCGCAGAAUGUCCUGGCCGUGGGCCUGGGCAGCUGUGUCUACCUGUGGAGCGCCUGCACGAGUCAGGUUACCCGCCUGUGUGAUCUCAGUCCGGAUGCGAAUACGGUGACCUCGGUGUCGUGGAACGAGCGCGGCAACACGGUGGCCGUGGGCACCCACCACGGCUACGUGACCGUCUGGGAUGUGGCGGCCAACAAGCAGAUCAACAAGCUCAACGGCCACUCGGCACGCGUGGGUGCGCUGGCCUGGAACAGUGACAUCCUAUCGAGCGGAUCCCGCGAUCGCUGGAUUAUCCAGCGCGACACGCGGACGCCGCAGCUGCAGUCGGAGCGACGGCUGGCCGGGCAUCGGCAGGAGGUGUGCGGACUGAAAUGGUCGCCGGACAAUCAGUACUUGGCCAGUGGCGGCAACGACAAUCGGCUGUAUGUGUGGAACCAGCAUUCCGUGAAUCCCGUGCAAUCGUACACGGAGCACAUGGCGGCCGUGAAGGCGAUCGCCUGGUCGCCGCACCACCACGGACUUUUGGCCAGCGGCGGCGGGACGGCGGACCGGUGCAUCCGCUUCUGGAACACGCUGACGGGCCAGCCCAUGCAGUGCGUGGACACGGGCUCGCAGGUGUGCAAUCUUGCCUGGUCCAAGCACUCCUCGGAGCUGGUCUCCACGCACGGCUACUCGCAGAACCAGAUACUCGUCUGGAAGUACCCGUCGCUGACGCAGGUGGCCAAGCUGACGGGCCACUCGUAUCGCGUGCUCUACUUGGCACUCAGUCCCGAUGGCGAGGCCAUCGUUACGGGCGCCGGCGACGAGACGCUGCGAUUCUGGAACGUUUUCAGCAAGGCGCGCAGCCAGAAGGAGAACAAAUCCGUGCUGAAUCUGUUUGCCAACAUCAGAUAAGGACAAUAAUCCAAGGACCGAAGACUGAGCGAGGCGCCAAAGGCAACACAACACUACACAAAACAAAAGAAUAUGAAAAGUAAAACCAAGCAAGCAACUAAAACCAACUAAUCAACAAGCCUAUAUGCUAUAUAUACAAACGAUUCUUGUUCAUCGGUCGUUAGUACAUUUUAGUUACCACAGCAGCAAUAGUUUAAAUAAAUUUAAGUUAAGUCCUCUGUAUAGAA